AUGAAGAGCUGUCCAACAGAAUCAUCUCACACAUCAAGACCUCCAGGAGCCUCCACAUCAUGUGUCAAAUCCCAGUCUUCUGCUGGAUCACUGCUACAGUUCUGGAGCACAUGUCGACUACAGAGCAGAGAGGAGAGCUGCCCAAGACCCAUGACUGACCUGUACUCACACUUCCUGCUGGUUCAGACAAAGAGGAAGAAGAACAAGUACCAUGAGGGACAUGAGACGAGUCCACAGGAGCUGACGGAGGCUGACAGGGAAGUUCUUCUGAAGCUGGGGAGGCUGGCGUUUGAACAUCUGGAGAAAGGAAACAUCAUGUUCUACCAAGAAGACCUGGAGCAGUGUGGUCUUGAUGUGACAGAGGCCUUGGUGUACUCAGGAGUUUGUACAGAGAUCUUCAAAAGAGAGAGUGUGAUCUUCCAGAAAACAGUCUACUGCUUUGUUCAUCUGAGCGUUCAGGAGUUUCUGGCUGCAGUCUACAUGUUCCACUGUUUCACCAACAGGAACACACAGGUACUGGAGGACUUCCUGGGAAAAGACUACAUGAAAAGGUUUAAUGUUUUUAGUAAUGAUGAUAGCAAUGACCCAUCCUUGGAUGACUUCCUGAACGGAGCCAUGAAGAAAUCUCUUGACAGUAAAACUGGCCACCUGGACCUGUUUGUUCGUUUCCUUCAUGGCCUCUCUCUGGAGUCCAACCAGAGACUCUUAGGAGGCCUGCUGGGUCAGACAGAGAACAGUCCAGAAAUCAUCCAGAGAGCCAUCAACAACCUGAAGGAGAUGAACAGUAAAUAUACUUCUCCUGACAGAAGCAUCAACAUCUUCCACUGUCUGAUGGAGAUGAACGACCACUCAGUCUAUCAGGAGAUCCAAGAGUUCCUGAAGUCAGAGACCAGAUCAGAGAAGGAACUCUCUGAGAUCCAGUGCUCAGCUCUGGCCUACAUGCUGCAGAUGUCAGAGGAGGUUCUGGAUGAGUUGGACCUGAAGAAGUACAACACGUCAGAGGAGGGACGACAGAGACUGAUCCCAGCUGUGAGGAACUGCAGGAAGGCUCGACUUGGUGGUUGUGAACUCGAAGACACUCACUGGGAAGUUGUGGUCCUCAGCUCUGAAGUCCAACCCCUCCCCUCUGAUAGAACUGGACCUGAGUGACAACAAAGACCUGGAGGAUUCAGGAGUGGAGCUGGUUUCCUCUGGACUGGAGAGUCCAAACUGUAAACUGGAGACUCUGAGGUUGAGUCUCUGCAGUUUGUCAGAGAUCAGCUGUUCUUCUCUGGCCUCAGCUCUGAAGUCCAACCCCUCCCAUCUGAGAGAACUGGACCUGAGAGCUACAACAACCUGCAGGAUUCAGCAGUGAGGGAGCUGCUGGAUCUU